UCAAAAGUGAUUGGGAGAGGAAGCUAUAACUUUAGCUAUAUGCUCAUAAAUAUUAUUAUUAUUAUAAAUAAAACCAUUAAUAUAUAAUUAAGUGUUUGUUGGUAAGAUUUUAUGUGUGUAUAGUACUAUAUAUAUCAUCCUCUUCUAAUCGAUAUCUCUAAAUCUGUGUAAGUAAUAAGUUGGUAGAAUAAAGAGAACUAAGCUCAUCUCCACUUUUCAUUCACCGGAGGAUCAUAAUAUAUAUAUCCACAACUAUAUAACCUGUACUACUCUCUUUGCAGUCUUACUAAUAAGCUUCACAUAAUUAUGGCUGAGAAUAAUGGAGAUAAUAACAAUUCCCAUACCAUACCAAAAAAGAUUACUACUUCUACUAAGUGGAAUUUUAAUUUGCCUAUUGGUGUUUUCUUCAAAGAUGCAAGGCAUGUUUUCAAGUGGGAUUCACUUGGAAAAGAAAUACUAGGGAUGGCUUUGCCUGCAGCCUUAGCUGUAGCAGCCGAUCCCAUUGCAUCUCUAAUCGACACAGCCUUCAUUGGCCAUAUCGGACCGGUGGAGCUGGCUGCAGCCGGUGUAUCGAUCGCCUUGUUUAAUCAAGCUUCGAGGAUUACCAUUUUUCCAUUGGUUAGCAUAACAACCUCAUUUGUUGCUGAGGAAGAUACUGUUGCAAACAUGAAAUUGAAAGCUGCUAAUCAUGUUAAUGAUGACAUGGAAAAAGGUGUUCCAACCAAACUAGAACAACAUAAAGAAAAUGAUGAUGAUGAUGAUGAUGAUGAUUCAGAAACAGAGAAUAAUAAUAAUGAUAAUAAUGUUGUGUCAAAGUUGGACAAAAUUACCAAAGUAAAAAAAGGGAAAAGACAGAUUGCUUCAGCAUCAACAGCUCUGAUAUUUGGGAUAAUAUUAGGACUUGUUCAAGCAAUUUUUCUUAUGUUUGGAGCAAGAACACUAUUGGGUGUAAUGGGAGUCAAACAUGAUUCUCCUAUGUUAGGACCAGCAGAGAAGUACUUAGUAACAAGAUCAUUUGGUGCACCAGCUGUUCUUUUGACUUUGGCUAUGCAGGGUAUCUUUAGAGGGUUUAAGGAUACAACUACUCCAUUAUAUGUCAUAUUGUUGGGAUAUUCAUUGAAUGUUGCACUUGAUCCACUUCUUAUCUUUGUUUGUCAUUUGGGAAUUAGAGGUGCAGCCAUUGCUCAUGUUCUUUCUCAGUACUUGAUGGCUUUGGUACUAUUCUUGAUUUUGAUGAGAAAAGUUAACCUUUUACCUCCAAGUCUUAAGGAUUUGCAAUUCGGUCGGUUUCUUAAAAAUGGUGGUUUCUUGUUAGCAAGAGUAAUAGCUGUGACAUUUUGUGUCACCUUAGCUGCAUCUUUGGCUGCAAGGCUUGGCGCGACACCUAUGGCUGCAUUCCAAACUUGCUUACAAGUUUGGUUGACAUCUUCUCUUCUUGCCGAUGGUUUGGCCGUCUCCAUUCAGGCCAUUCUAGCUUGUGCAUUUGCGGAAAAAGACUACCAGAAAGCCACAGCAGCAGCGAACCGUGUACUGCAGAUGAGUUUUGUUCUAGGUGUGGGACUCACAUUCCUUGUUGGAAUUGGUUUGUACUUUGGAGCAGGAAUUUUCACUAGAGAUGUUAAUGUUUUGCACCUCAUAAGAAUUGGACUUCCGUUUGUUGCAGCCACUCAGCCCCUAAAUUCAUUGUCAUUUGUGUUUGAUGGUGUCAACUUUGGUGCCUCUGACUUUGCAUACUCUGCAUAUUCCUUGGCAUUGGUGGCAGUAGCAAGUAUUACAGCCUUAUUUACUUUGUCAAAAAGCCAUGGUUUUGUUGGAAUUUGGAUUGCCCUAACCAUCUACAUGGGACUACGAAUGUUCGCCGGAAUUUGGAGGAUGGGAACUGGGACUGGACCUUGGCGUUUUCUUAGAGUACCAUUUGCAGCAUAAAUAUAUAGCUUUACAUGUAACUAUAAUUAUCUAAAUAUUAUCCAUUUGUGUCACACUCAAUAUUGGAGACUUUUGUUAUCUUGUAUGAGUUUUGUGUAGUUUAUUUUUACCAUUUUUGUUUUGAGUUUUGUGUAGUUCAUGUUUGUAAUGUAAUUUUCUUCAUAUAUCUUUCUUCUUGAGGGAAA